UAUAUAUAUAUCAAGCAUAUUGUGACAAGACAGUUCUUUUUCAGCGCCGUGCCAUACAUAUUAUAGUUAAAAUGGUUUCGUCUUCCAGUUUUCCUCUCCUAAAAGUUUUAUGUACUUAAUUUACACCGAGACAGUAUAUAGUCUCUAUACAGAACCAGUCUGCGGCGUGUGUCAUCGUCCAAGGCAAUUGUCAGGCCGGUGCAUGUACACCAGAGAUGUAGAUAUAGUGUGACUUAGAAAGAGUAUUACAAGUAUACUGCCUGUUAUUAGUUAAACUAAAUGAAUGUGUGUGUGUGUGUGGGGGGGGGGGAGCAAUAUGGAAAUAGCGAGAAAAGCCGGGGUGACUUGAUUUAAAAGUCUUGCUUAACUUCAAGGUCAAUUGAGUAUGAAAGGCGGGGUCUCACGAUUUUGAAUAGGAGCAAAAUAAUAAAUGCAGUCACAUUUCUGAUCGCAUUGUGUACAUUCCCUGUGCGCUUACAAUUUAAUCAAAAUGGAGACAAACAUAUGGCAUUUGAAAAGAAAAAAACCUGACGUAAAGUGAAAACUGAGACAAGCUUUGUACUAGUAUAGUAAAGCUUUAAGAGAGAAAGAGAAAGAUCUAGAGACUUAAUCUUAUUCUAAGUGGCAAAUAAAAUAAAUCAGUCUGGGGGGCAUUGUGCGCAUUCCCUGUGAGCUGACGGGUAAACAAAAUACAAUAACGCAAAACAUUAAACAAUGGGUGAGGUAGAAAAAUACCCGCCGAGGUAGAGGAAGGCAUGAACGACUACAUACUCGUUUGAUGGUUUAAUCCGCCAUUUUUUGUUUUUCAUGUAAUGCGCCAUUUUGAGUCGCCGAGGCACCUUUUCUGCAGAAACAGAUCCGAGGAUUGCAGUAGACAGAACUGACCAGCUGUAGCACACAGAGGUCUCAGAGGUCCAGAAGGAAGUUUACAAAGGAAGAUGGCCACCCCUUGUAUCAUCUACUCAUGUGACCGUCAGAAGAAGAAAACGUGUAAGUUAACAACAAUGGAGGCACUGCUACAAGACGCUAGAAGGCUGUUUGGUUAUGGGGAAGAAGAAAGGCUUUUCGUUGUUUUAGAGGGCAAAGGAGCAGAAAUAGAAGAUGAAGAAAUUCUACUUGCCCUAGGACAGAAAACCAACGAUGUUUUAGAGCUUGUGGUUGUGAAUCAGACCCGACAAGAAUCAUGGGGACCGGUGGAAGUGCCAAGCAAACUUACUAAUCCAAACAUACAGACAAUUAGCAUCAACCAAAGCAACAACAUCCAAAUAGGAGACAGCAACAGUCUUCUUCAGAGAGAUUAUACGAUCGCGAGGGAUGUGGAUGAAAUGUUGGAUGUUGUGCCAGUCCAAGGAGAAAAAACGGAAGUUAUUUCAGUGAUACCUGAUCCGUUACGUCGCCUGUAUGCACUGAUCUCACAGCCUAAGUUUUGGUACGAGCUAGAUAGGACUGCCCGCCAGGUGGACAGAAGCGAAGUCCUUAAGUACAGGGAUGAUAAUGGAUUCAAUGUUCUACACGCUGCAGCGUUUCACAAUAACGAACGUGCAGUUCUGACAAUAUUCAGACAUUUUGAUUGGGCGAAACUUUCCACGCAGGUCACAAGCGGCACUCACCCUGGUGAGCUGGAUGGUUGUACUGCCAAAGAGAUAGCUUUAAAGAAACAUCACAAGAGUGUGGCAGACCGAAUUGAUUUAGUAGGAAAACUUGAGAGUGAAUUGAAACCAAUUCACAAGGCCGUAAGAAGUCAAAGUAUUGAUGAGAUUAAAAAAACCUGCAAUUGUGACCAAAACACCGUAAAUAUGACUGGCCCAGAAAAGUGUACACCACUUCACAUUGCUGCCGGUGUAGGAUUCCUAGAUGGCGUGAAGCUGCUUCUCAAAAUGGGUGCAGACCUGAAUGCUGUCACAGAGUAUGGUGAAACAGCCCUGGGUCGUGCCUGUAGGAUGGGGUACGAUGACGUGGUGGAGUACCUCACUAAUCUAACGAACAUUGACAUCAAGAAAAGUGUUUGGUCAGAUAUGAGAGACUUAACGUGUCUCGAUGCCGCAGCGAUGGGUAACUACAGAGACAUUUACGACAGGUUGCAGCGCCAUGGUUUACCUGUGACCAGCAAUACCCUGGUGUGUGCCGCAUGGGGCGGUCACGUCGAGUUAGUGAAAGAAAUAGCAGCAAUGGUCGGAAUCGAUGUUAAUUAUCAGAACAAGUACGGGAACACCGCUCUGUGUGAAACAUCAAGAAAUGGUCAUGUAGAUGUGGUUAAGUGUUUGAUAAAUAAACAUAAGGCAGACCCCAGUAUUCAGAACAAAAACGGAAACACGGCUCUACACAUUGCAGUUCUCAAUAAUGCAGGUCUGGAUGUCGUGGAAUGUCUGUUAGAUGAAGGUGGUGCAGAUCCAACCAUCCUCAAUAAUGACGGAGAAGACCCAGCACACUGUGCCGCACGUUGUGGACAAGUACAAUAUUUGGAUGCCGUUCUAAGAAGGAAUCAUGAACAUAGGAUUGAUCCAAAUAUUCAAGACAAAUACGGGAACACCGCUCUGUGUAAAGCAUCAAGAAAUGGUCAUGUUGAUGUGGUAAAGUGUUUGAUAAAUAAAUAUAAGGCGGACUCCAGUAUUCAGAACAAAAACGGAAACACGGCUCUACACAUUGCAGUUCUCAAUAAUGUAGGCCUGGAUGUCGUGGAAUGUCUGUUAGAUGAAGGUGGUGCAGAUCCAACCAUCCUCAAUAAUGAUGGAGAAAACCCAGCACACUGUGUCGCACGUUGUGGACAAGUACAAUAUUUGGAUGCCGUUCUAAGAAGGAAUCAUGAACAUAGGAUUGAUCCAAAUAUUCAAGACAAAUACGGGAACACCGCUCUGUGUAAAGCAUCAAGAAAUGGUCAUGUUGAUGUGGUAAAGUGUUUGAUAAAUAAAUAUAAGGCGGACUCCAGUAUUCAGAACAAAAACGGAAACACGGCUCUACACAUUGCAGUUCUCAAUAAUGUAGGCCUGGAUGUCGUGGAAUGUCUGUUAGAUGAAGGUGGAGCAGAUCCAACCAUCCUAAAUAACAAUGGAGAAAAUCCAGCACACGUGGCAGCAAAGAGUGGACAAGUGCAGUGUUUGGAUGCCAUUCUGAGAACACAUCCUGGAUUGAUGAACAAACGAGGUAAUCUCUUGGGGGAGGUCUAUUUAGUGCGCGGUAAAAAUGGAGAAAGACCCGCGUGGCAUUAUGUUCUGGUGAAGAGGAAGCUUCUUGCAGACUUCUUAGUAAAAACAAAUGGAGGAAGUUUAGAUGUGGCAGAUUACGGGAAGGUGUUGUACUCAGGAUGGGGAAAAGAUCCUCCCGGUGACAGUGUAAAGAAGAUUCAAGACAAGUACAAUAAGUGUGAAGAUUCCGCACCCGAGGAUUUAACCCCGCUCCACCACGCCGUUCUAGAACAACACCCCGCUGUGGUGGAAAAACUUCUGGAGCUUGGAGCUGACACAGACGUCCGCAAUGCGUACAAACUGACACCGCUUCACUUGGCCUGUAUGCGCGGUAACAGAGAAAUUGUGAAACUACUAGUGGAGGCAGGGGCAGACACAAUGGCGGCAGACGACGAUGGCGACACCCCACUUGACGUGGCCAAACUCUACCACCAGGAUCUCACUGUUGCUUUUAUGGAAAAGGUUGUGAUAGUGAAAUUCGUUAAGGAUAGCAUUCAACAACCAGCCAAAGAAAUUAUGGAGUUACUAGACCACAGCCUUGACAAUGACGUCACAUUGGAUGUUUUGAAGACCCAACUUCACGAUAUAAUCCAGCGGUUGAUGACGGGAGGCUUCUCUUGUUUGGCAAAACUAAAUCCAGAAGAAGAUUCUUCCAAACAUUUUGAAAAGGAAACAAACACCAAGAAAACAGACGAAGAGGAAUGAAUUGAGGAACGAGAAGUGGG